AUGGAUGCUUCGCACCGGGAGGCUAAAUUGGUGGCUUCCAGCCACCAAGUCCCACUAAAUCCCAACACCGGAGCGCGGGUCGCCCAAUACGAACGCGAAGAUCUCUUAGGGGCCCUGGCGACAGCGGCAGUGACUGCGGCCUUGAAGGAGGCGCAGAGGGAAGAGCCGGAGAAGACGCUGGCGUCGGCAGAUUUUAACUCCAACUUUUCUGGGCUGGAUGAAAGGACACAUCUAAGCCUUGAGGACAAGGUGAACUUUUCUGACAUAUACCACUCUAAUGCAGCGUACUUCAAGAAACUAGAAGAGCUAAAGGCUGCCCAUAUGGAAACUAUGGCAAAGUUAGAGAAAAUGUACCAGAAUCAAUUAAAUUUAAAAGGAGUCCAGCCAGUGAUCAUCAGGGAAGAUACUCCUAGUGUUUCUUCUAGAUCUGAUUCGGAAAAAAGCUAUCCCCCUGUCUCCUUAAUGACAUCAUUUUCAGAGCCUGAUUUAGGCCGAUCUUCCUCCAUAUAUCCAUCUUCCUCUGAGGAUGAGCUGCGCAGCCUAGAAAGAGAGCACUCCAGCAAAAGCAGGGUAAUGACCUAUGCCAAGGAACUCAUCAACAACAUGUGGAAAAACUUUUCUGUUGAAGAUUAUAUUUGGUCUGAUGAUGCUGACAUACCCUUGGUUGAAAAAAUAAGGAAGAAACCAAAAGAAUGGGUGCCAAAGAUUACAGUACCUGAGCCUUUUCAGAUGAUGAUUAGAGAGCAGAAAAAAAGAGAUGAGAACAUGAAGUCUAAGUCAGAUAUUGAGAUGAUACACAGACUAUUGAAAAAACAAGAAGAAGACGAUGUAGAGUGCCAGAAGAAAUUCCGAGCCAAUCCUGUUCCUGCAUAUGUCUUUCUUCCCCGUUACCAUGACAUAGUCAAGCAAAACGAAGAACGGAGGAGAGCUGGGAAAGCGAAGAGUAAAGAAGCUCUUCUGGCUUCACAAAAGCCUUUUAAGUUUAUUGCAAGGGAGGAACAGAAGCAAGCAGCUCGGGAAAAGCAAAGAGACAUUUUUAAGCCUAAAAAAAAAACAAAUCGAUUUAAAGCCAGGCCUAUACCUCGAUCCAUUUAUGGCCCAACUGCCAACGACAGGCUGAAAGAAGAAGAAGAGCUCAUUAAAAACCUUAAAACACCACUGAGAGCCCAAGAUCAUUCACAGAAUCCAUCCCUUCUGCCGUCUAGACCAGCUCACAGAAAUCUUGCUACAAGGACGACCAAGAAUCCCGAAAAGCGUAAUUGGAAGCACAAGGUCAAGUGCCAGAGUCCUGAUGUUGAAAACCUUCCUGAGAAAUGUCAGAAAUACCUCUUAGGAAGCAAAAGCAAUUGUUCAAAAUUCUUAACAGGCUGUAAACCGUUUGAUCUUCAUGCACCCUUACAUUCGUCCUGUACAAAAGAAAAAGUUUUGGCAGACACCAAAGCAGAUGAAGAAAAUUCUAAAGAAACAUGUUGGCCUUAUCUGUCUCCAAGACACAAGUCACCAGUAAGAAUUGUAAGUUCAAAGCCUGUGCCUUGUGGCUGCAACACUCCAAGGCCCACAGUGUCUUCCAGAGAAAGAGAACAGGCCAUCAGGAGAUCACUUGAGGAAAAGAAAAUGUUGGACGAAGAAAGAAAUCGGAUCCUAACUAAGCAGAAGCAAAGAACGAAAGAAUUGCAGAAACUCCUAGUAACCCAGGCUAAGGCUUAUGACUCACAUGGGAGUUUAGCUCAAAUGUCUAAAUCCAGAAUAAAAUCUCUCAGAAGGAGCAAAAAGGAAAGGAUGAGAGAAUACCAACAAGAACUAGAAGAAAGAGAAGAAAAAUUAAAAAAGAGGCCUCUACUGUUUGAAAGGGUUGCUCAGAAAAAUGCAAGAUUGGCAGCUGAAAAGCAUUAUUCUAACACCCUAAAAGCAUUAGGAAUAUGUGAUGAGUUUGUUUCAAAGAAAGGCCAAGCUGGAAAAAUACUUGAGUACUUCAGUAAUCAAGAGAUGACAAGUUUCACUGAAGAAAAAGAAAGCUUUAAUGAAGACAAAAUAGAAGAAAGAGAGAAAAGGGAUGAAAAUUAUUUGGUUGAUAUCAACAGCCAGGAAUCUUGCAAAGAAAAAGACGAAAUCAGUGAAGAAAGCGGAGAAGAGAAUUCUGUUGAAGAAUAA